AUGUUGCCUCUCUUCCUCUUCCUUCUACUUCUUCCCACAGCUUAUUCAGUUUCUUUCCAAAUAACUCGCUUUGAUCCCACUGCCACCGACAUACUAUAUUAUGGAGAUGCAGUUCCUUCUGUUGGAGCCAUUGAAAUGAAUAAAGUUAAUUAUAUAAACCGAGUUGGUUGGGCCGUCUAUGCUACGAGGGUGCCUCUCUGGGACUCUCAUACGAGAAGACUUGCUGACUUUACUACACUUUACUCCUUCACUAUUGACACUCAAGGUGCUUCCUCUUAUGGCCAUGGGCUAGCAUUCUUCUUGGCUCCUGUUGGGUUUGAAAUCCCGCCGAAUUCAGCUGGUGGAUUUCUAGGCCUAUUCAACACCACAACCAGUGAUUCUCCUCAGAACCAAAUUCUUCUUGUUGAGUUCGACUCAUUCUCGAACCCUGAAUGGGAUCCUUCAUUUGAGCAUGUGGGGAUUAACAACAACUCAGUUUCUUCUGCGGUUUACACUCCUUGGAAUGCCAGCUUGCACAGUGGAGACACAGCUGAUGUAUGGAUCACCUACAAUGGUUCUACCAAGAAUUUGACUGUCUCUUGGAAGUAUCAAAGGACCUCAAAUGUUCGGGAGAAUACCAGUCUUUUUUAUGAAAUUGAUCUCAUGGAAAUUCUUCCUGAGUGGGUCACAGUUGGAUUCUCAGCUGCUACAGGUAUGUAUGUAGAGCGACAUACAAUUCAAUCAUGGGAAUUCAGUUCAAGUUUGGACAUUAAGGAAACAAAUGGAAAGAAUGUGAAAAAGAAGAGAUUGGUGGUUGGUCUAACAGUUUCAGUUGGUGUUCUGAUAGCAGGGGCAAUUAUAACGUUUGUAGUAUUGUGGACAUGGAAGGGAAAGAAGAAGGAAAAAGCAGAGACAGUGAACUUAACAUCGAUAAAUGACGACCUAGAAAGAGGAGCGGGGCCAAGAAGAUUCUCCUAUGACGAGCUUGCUUCAGCUACAUACAACUUCUCAAAUGAGAGGAAGUUGGGUGAAGGAGGGUUCGGCGCCGUUUACAAAGGGCAUUUUACUGAUUUAGACAUGCCAAUCGCUGUGAAGAAAAUCUCAAGGGGAUCUAGACAGGGGAAGAAAGAAUAUAUCACCGAGGUGAAAAUCAUUAGCCGGUUGAGGCACCGAAAUCUUGUGCAACUCAUAGGAUGGUGUCAUGACAAAGGUGAGUUCUUACUUGUAUAUGAGUAUAUGCCAAAUGGUAGCCUUGAUACUCACCUCUUUGGCAAGAGGAAUCCUCUCCAUUGGGCAGUGAGAUACAAGAUAUCUCUUGGGUUGGGCUCUGCAUUACUCUAUCUUCAUGAAGAGUGGGAGCAAUGUGUGGUUCACCGGGAUAUCAAAUCUAGCAAUGUCAUGCUAGACUCUAGUUUCGGUGUAAAGCUUGGUGACUUUGGGUUAGCUCGGCUUAUGGAUCAUGAGCUAGGUCCACAAACAACCGGGUUGGUUGGAACUUUAGGAUACAUGGCUCCAGAAUACAUAAGUACGGGUAGGGCUAGUAAAGAGUCAGAUGUGUAUAGCUUUGGGGUGGUUGUCUUAGAAAUUGCUACUGGAAGAAGGUCAGGUUAUCCUAUGGAAGAGGAUUCUGAUGCAGGGUUGGUCCAAUGGGUUUGGAAUCUUUAUGGGAGAGGAGAUCUUCUUUUGGCCGUGGAUGGGAAGCUACAAAAUGAUUUUGACGAAAAACAAGUCGAGUGCUUAAUGAUUGUUGGACUUUGGUGUGCUCAUCCUGAUCGAAGUCUCAGGCCUUCCAUUAGGCAAGCAAUUCACGUUCUUAAUUUUGAUGCAACAAUACCAAAUCUUCCAACACAGAUGCCUGUUCCUUUGUAUCAUAUACCUACCCCAUCAGUCAGUUCCGGUGAACCUUUGAUAACUACAAGCCUUGAAGAUGGUCGUUAA